GGCUUAAGAGAUUGCCUGCAGCUAAGAUUAAUACCUGCACUUCCACCGCGGCUGACAAAAUUAGAUGCAGAAAAUUGCAUUUCUCUGCGUUCUGUAACUAGUAAAUCAACUGGAGUGGAAGGAAACAUUUUUGAAUUCCUUUUCACUAAUUGUUACCAGUUGAAUAAUUUGGCAAAGAAGCGUAUCAUGGCAUAUGCACUAACAAAAAUUCAUUGUUAUUCCAAAAGGCUGUGCAAUCAGAUACCUUCUGUGGUGGCAAGGGAAUCUUGUUUAUGCUUCUCUGGAUCUGAAAUUUCAAAGUGGUUUAGCCAUCAAAAUGUAGGAUUUUCCACAACAAUCCAGCUGCCUUCACAUUGGGCUAAUAGCGAGUUCCUGGGUUUCAUUCUCUGUUCUGUUAUAGCAUUCAACAAACUCCAUAUAGACGACUCUGGUUUCCAAGUGAAAUGUAGAUACCAUUUCAAAAAUGAAUCUGGAGACAGCAAUGAUCUAUAUUGUUAUUUCAGCUGUUGGUAUGGUUCAAGAAAUUUGAGGAAGCAUCGUAUGUUCAUUGGGUUUGGUAAAUACAAUUAA